AUGGAUCAAUUAUUAGUGUCACUUCGAAUGAAUGCUAGUUAUGUGAAAGAAAAUUUUCAAAUUAAAUGGCAUUGUGAAACAGGUCUAGUAGAUCAUAUUAAUUUAAUUGCAAAAGAAUAUAAAUUAUCUCGUCAAUUAAUACCUAUUCGAUUGUGUAUCCUUGGUCCUCCCGCAAGUGGUAAGACAACAUUGGCUAAAAAACUAUGUGAAUACUAUAAAUUACCACAUGUACAUAUUAAACAAGUAAUCGAUGAAGCUAUAAUUAAUUUAAAAAAACGUGUUCAAAUGAUUGAAGAAGCACAAAAUGAUGUGAAUCAAAAUCAAAUGGUUAAUGAAAAUGAACAACUAGGCGGUGAGGAUUUAGAAUUCUUAGAAGCUAUUCAACAAAAUAUGACUGAAAAUAAUGGUCGACUUGGUUUAGAAUAUGUAACGACAUUAUUUCAAGAAAAACUUAACUCUAAACCAUGUCAAAAUCAAGGUUACAUAAUUGAUGGAUAUCCUAAAACCAAGAAGCAAGCAGCUUCGUUAUUUUCUCCUGGCGGUGAUAGCGGAUACGGUGAAGAUGAAGAUGAAGGAGGCGAACAAGAAGAGAAUGAAGAAGACGAUGAAGAUGAAAGAAUUCGAACAACAACAACAACAACAACAACCGAUACUAAAGACAUGACACAGUCAGCUAGUGACCUAUUGAAGAAUAAAUAUUUAUCAUCUGAAAAAGAAGCCGAUGAUGUAAGCAAAGAACCAGCAUUAUUAUCAACACAACCAAUACCAACACAAUUACCUAAAGGAUUACUUCCUGCUUAUGUGUUUGAAUUACAAGCCACUGAUCAAUUUCUACGAGAUCGUAUUAUGAAUAUGCCAGAAUAUAAAGUACAUGGAACACAUUAUACUGAAUCGGGGUUUUGGCGACGUUUAAAUGAAUAUCGUACAAAUCAAAUUGGCAUAAAUCCAACUUUGUCGCCGACUCUAACUAUACCUGGAUCUCCAGGUUCUGAGCCGGAAGUUGAACAAGUCAAUUCAAACUCGUUAAACGCAUUAGGUUUGGCAAGUAUCAAUGAAAAUUCUGUACGAGCUUAUUUUGAUGCAAAAGGUAUUCUACAAAUUCCAGUGAAUAUUAUGACUGAUGAAAGUGAAGAAUUAGAACAAACAUUUAAAAAAUUAGUUUAUUUCAUUGGUCCACCACGUAAUUAUGGUUUAUCUGAUGAAGAAAUUGAAAAGCAAAGAUUAUUUGUAGAAAAACAACGUAUGGAAUUUGAACGGGAAGAAAAUGAAAGAUUAAAACAAGAAAUUGAAACUGCCGAAGCUGAACGUAAUCAACGUAUAAAAGAAUGGAAAGAGAAACAUGAAGCUUUGAAAAAGGAAGAAACCGAUUUAUUAAACGAAGAAGCAGAACCAUUAAGAGCUUAUUUACGAAAGCAUAUUAUGCCAGUAUUAGCAAGAGGACUAACAGAAUGUGUUCGUAAACGUCCAGAUGAUCCGUUGGAUUUUCUAGCUGAAUACUUAUUUUACAAUAAUCCACAAGUUGAUUAAAAAAAAUGUCCUAAACAUUCAAUUACUACUACUACUACUAAUACAAUGAACAGAUAAACAAAAUUAUGUCAUACAGAAGUGAAUCGAUAAUGUGAAAACAUCUUCCUCAAUAGCAACAACAAAAAACUAUUAAUAUGUACGUACCUAAAAAGGAAUAAAAAAAGGCCUAAUCGUGUAAAAAUCAA